CAUUUCAAAUACUCUACAAAAACUUUCACUUUACUCAUAUCUUUCUUACAUUCUAAACAUCUUCCCUCCAACAAAAACAUACAAAUUCUGGCUCUUACACAAACAUAAAUUCUGACAUUGUCUUUCUCAAAUUCAAGAAAACAUGAGAUUUUUCAUUGCAGCCUUCUUCCUAUCAGUGCUCUUCUCUUCCACAGCCGCCUACGAUCCGUUGGAUCCAAAUGGGAACAUCACAAUCAAAUGGGAUAUCAUGUCUUGGACACCAGAUGGCUAUGUGGCUGUGGUGACGAUGAACAAUUUCCAAAUGUUUCGACAUGUGAUGAGCCCCGGUUGGACUCUGGGGUGGACGUGGGCGAAGAAAGAGGUGAUAUGGACCAUGGUAGGAGCACAGACCACGGAACAAGGCGACUGCUCCAAGUUCAAAGGCAACAUCCCGCAUUGCUGCAAGAAAACGCCGACAGUGGUGGACUUGCUCCCCGGGGUUCCUUACAACCAGCAGUUCAGCAACUGCUGCAAAGGUGGAGUCUUGGCCGCCUGGGGCCAGGACCCCACGGCCUCUGUCUCCGCUUUCCAAGUCAGCGUUGGCCAAGCCGGGACCACUAACAAGACCGUUAAACUUCCUAAGAACUUCACCCUGUUGGGCCCAGGGCCAGGCUACACUUGUGGCCCAGCCAAGAUCGUGCCUUCGACAAAUUUCCUCACCCCUGAUCGUCGUAGGAGGACUCAGGCGCUGAUGACAUGGAAUGUGACAUGUACAUACUCUCAGUUUCUGGCGCGGAAACACCCUAGCUGCUGCGUCUCCUUCUCGUCUUUCUACAACGAAACAAUCACUUCUUGCCCUUCCUGUGCCUGUGGCUGUGAAAACAAACACAAGUGCAUCAAACCUGAGUCGAAGCUUCUGAGUGUGGUGGGAGUGAACACUCCGAGAAAAGACAACACGCCUCUGCUACAAUGCACGCACCACAUGUGCCCGGUCCGGAUCCACUGGCAUGUGAAGGUGAACUACAAGGACUACUGGAGGGCGAAGAUCGCCAUCACCAACUUCAACUACAGGCUGAACUACACGCAGUGGACCCUCGUCGUUCAGCACCCGAAUCUCAACAAUGUCACCCAAGUUUUCAGCUUUGAUUACAAGCCUCUAGUUCCCUACGGCUCCAUCAAUGACACAGGGAUGUUUUAUGGCAUGAAAUUCUACAAUGAUCUGUUAAUGGAAGCAGGGCAAUUUGGUAAUGUACAGUCUGAAGUGCUUCUUCAGAAAGAUAAGGACACUUUUACCUUCAAGGAAGGAUGGGCGUUCCCCCGGAAAGUCUACUUCAACGGCGAGGAGUGUAUGCUACCCCCACCGGAGUCUUACCCCUUCCUGCCAAACUCUGCGCCUCAGAGUCGAGCUUUCCUCACAACAUUCAUAAUUUGUGUUGCGUUUUUCUUUCUCGCAAUGAUGUCAUGAUGAUUGGGUUCCAAACCUUGUAAUGUUAGAAAUUUUGAGGAUAUGAUCAAUUCUACAGAACCAGAUGAGAAGAUAAUAUACUUGAUAGUGCAAUUUGCACUGCCAUUUUUUCCCA